AUGUUGUUAUUAUCAACAUCUUUUCUGGUUGGGAAGGGAAGCGUGUUGCUAUCGGACGCGAAGGUCGUCGCCGCUCUGAAGCGCACGUCCUGGAUCUUCCUCGAGGAUCACUCGAAGAAUCUGAUGCCGAACAUCGGCGUUUUGCGGGACGAAGGAGUGCCGCAGCCGUGCAUCGCGCUGUUACUGACGCAUUUCCCCGAGACUCUGAUGCAGAAGACCGACAAAUUCGUAGAAGUCGUCGCUGAAAUCAAGCGAAUGGGCUUCAAUCCGAACAAAUCCACCUUCGUUUUAGCGAUGCACGCCAUUUCCGGUAAAGGAAACAAAUCGAUCUGGAACCGAUGCUUCGAUGUGUACAGAAAAUGGGGAUGGUCCAAGGACGAGAUCCUGAUGGCGUUCCGGAAGCAUCCGCACUGUAUGAUCUUAUCGGAGAGCAAGAUUUCGAAAGGGAUGGAGUUCUUCACGAACAAGAUGGGGCAAUCUGCGGGAAUGAUCGCGAAGAAUCCGGUGGUUCUGUUCUUCAGCUUGGAGAAGAGGAUAAUUCCGAGGUGCUCUGUGAUCAGAGUUCUGUCGGCGAAAGGAUUGAUGAAGAGAGAAGUGAGCUUGACGACGGUUCUGUUGCCGGUGGAGAAGCGAUUUCUAGACACAUUUGUGAUCAAAUAUCUCGAGGAAGUUCCUGAGUUGAUGAAUCUGUAUCAAGGCAAGACGAAUUUGGCUGAAGUUUUGGCUUGAAUUUUUUAGGUAAACUUGGGAGAGGUUUUUUUUUUCCCCUUUUUUGGUUAGUUCAUGAUCUUCUUCGCUCUUGA